AUGGCAUCCGACGAGUCUCUACCGGCGCUCAAGAUCCUAAUGAUCGGACCCUCUGGAGCCGGGAAAUCCGCACUGCUGAUACGGUACUGCGACGACCAGUUUGACUCGGAGUCCUCCACCGCUACGAUAGGCGUAGAUUUCAAAGUCAAGAAACUCUCCGUCCACGGCACAGCAUACCGCCUAAACCUGCUCGACACAGCCGGUCAAGAGCGGUUCCGCACGCUCUCGAAUAGUUAUUACCGCGGCGCGCAUGGCGUGAUCCUAGUCUACGACAUUUCGAACCGACCGAGUUUCCAAGCCAUGGAGCGCUGGUUCGAAGAAGCGGAGACGAACGCGAUGCCUGGUGCGAUCCUGUAUUUGGUGGGGAAUAAGAUGGAUAAGGCGUCGUCGUCGAGAGUGGUGAGAUAUGAGGAGGGGGAGGAGCUGGCGCGGAGGCAUGGAUGUGGGUUUUGUGAGGUCAGUGCGAAGACGAGGGAUAAUGUUAAGAAACCGUUUGUGGAUAUCGUGGAUCAGAUAGUGAGGAAACCGGAGCUGUUGAAGGCGUCGUCGAGAAGGAGUGGGACUGUGGCUCUGGUGGAACCGGAGGGGACGGGGUCGAUUUGUGCUUGUUGA